AUGAGAGAGAGAGAGAGAAUAGAGAGAGCUGGGGUGGGAAACACAGUGAGGGGUAGUUUUAGGAAUCCGAUCAAAGACCCUAGAGUUUGGAAUCGAGAAGAGUAUCAUCGAUUGGAGACGGAGUCCUUUUCGAUCUUCUUGGAUAACAUUCCAGAAGACAUUUCUAAAAGAGAACUGUUCGAAUUGUUCAGCUGGACUGGACGCAUAAACGACAUAUACCUAUCUCGAAAACAAAAGAAUGGUAGUUUGUACAUCUUUGCGUUCGUAAGGUACACUACGAGGGGAGGAGCUUUGAAGGCCAUAACAGAGAUGAAUCGUAUGAGGUUGAGAGGUAAGGUUGUGUUUGUUGGUGAGGCAAGAUACAGGAGAAUGUCAAUUGCUAAUGGCACGAACAAGAUACAGGCAGAAGGUAUCAUUCAAAAAGAAAGUGUCGGCCAGCCACAAAAGGAGCAUAAGGAUGAUCCGGCCGUCCCAGCUAGCAGUUCUAAGAAUGUGGGAAAAGAUAAGAAGAUCCUGGAUCAACAUGGGAAUGGUUUAACAAAGAAUCUAGAAGUGGCUGUGGCGAAAGAAAAUUUGAACUGGUUGCAGAAAAGUCUAGUCGGUGGAACAACAACAGCCAUAGACUUUAGGUCUUUACAAGAUAUGGUUGCUAAGAACUUUCCGUAG